ACCGACUACUCUGCUCAUCUCUCAGGUUUUAAGAAGAUGAAGGCUCCCCCUUCGUCGCAGGCGGCUGAGGCUCCAACCGUCGUCUAUUGGGACAUCGACAGGUGUCCAGUUCCCAGUGGCUUUGACGCUGGUCAGGUGGGUCCGUGUAUUGAACGGUUCUUGAGGAAUUUAGGCUACUCUGGUCCUCUCAUCAUCACUGCCGUUGGCAUACUAACAGACGUCCCUGAAGACGUUCUUCGAAAGGUCUCUUCUACCGGAAUUUUUCUUCAUCACGGCGCCUACAGUUUCAGAGACAUGGACAUGGUUUUGUAUGGUGUGACUAAUCAUGUUGAACUUCCAGCUAAUGUAAUGGUCAUAUCCACUCCGCCAAGCUACACUGAUACGCUUUCCCUUCUAGAUGAAUGGGGGUUCAACGUUAUUUACCCCUUUUCAUAUGAUUUUCGUCAAUAUCCCUCCUCCAUUAAUUCCCUCUGGAGCAACUUUCUAAGGGCAGGUGUGUGUUUGUCCUCAGAUUCAGGGCCACCACUUGAAUGCAGUAACACGGGUCAAUGGGUUUGCAUUGUGUGCAAUGGCCUUGAUGGCCUAGGCGCUGAAAGUUUGAUCAGGCAUCUCUCUUCUCGAGAACAUGCAUGUGAGCUAUGGGAAUGGUUACCACCCUGUGGGUGUAGUAAACUGCCCUUGGAUUCCACUAUUGAGACUCCCCGUUAUAGUCGUUCUAGUCUUCGGGCCACCAUGGACAUGGAUGAUUCGGACAUGGAUGAUUCGGACAUGAUCCACAAGCAACCAAAGCGUAUAUGGUCCAUGGUGUUGAAGAAACUGAGGACUUGAAGAAGAAGAAUAAGAAGAGUACAUGGUCCGUGGCAUUGUUCUCCUCUAAGGCAUUUCGUAUGGUGAAUGGUUUGGUUAACUUAUUUAAGUCUUGUAUCAGACGUAUGUUUCAAAAUUCAAAUGAUCAAUAAUGUCAUAAGGAUGUU